AUGGAAUCUAAUUGCGGAAAAUUCGUUGCAAAUAGCCUGGAUUUGCCGCUCUUUAUGGCCUCCAGGGUUCGUUUCCGGAAGACAUUUGAGCAGAAUACAAUCAGGGAUUAUAUAGGCCAGAAGAAGGAACUCUAUCUCUCAGAACAUGGUUACGGAAAAAAUCAGGACAAAAACACCUUCAUAUUCCGCAAAUAUCAUUAUAUUUUCUCUGAGAAUGAGAAAAACAGAUUUCCACCUGAGUGCUCUACAAAGCCUAAGGGGUCAAUUUCUUUGGGAAAAGAAAAAUCCUGGCAAUUACCUCCCAAUCGAUAUAGGCAGGAUUAUCAGCCGUUUGCGAAUAAAGCGGGUCUUAAGGGUGCCUAUUGGCGUAAAUUACCCACAACCAAGCCAUUAAAACGGAUUAGCAAAAAACCUAAAUAUCACCUUUAUGAUCUACCCAAAGAGUCGGAGAAAAUGGUCACACCAUGUCAUUGCCAUAAAGGACAAUUUUUAUCGAAUGCCAGAGAUAAGCGGGCCACCACACGGUGCAUGAUAGCCAAUCCCUUGACGGCCUAUAAAGAUCCCAUGGAGCCGGCACCCAAUACAUAUGAUCCCAAGGCACCAGGAAAAACGUAUGAGCCUCGAGGCACAUCUUUCCAGGCUCUAAAUCCCCACAUCUUCUACCGCAAAUCAAUUGUCCCCCUGAAACCGAAUAGCAUUCAUCCACCAAAUAUAAGUUUUCUACCCGGCCCAGGGCGUUAUGAGACACGCUAUCGCAAUCUAUGUCCCUGCCCAAGCUCACGAAAAUAUCUUCCCGAUUUGGAGCUUAUGGUGGAACGUGAAAAACGCCAUAAAUUUCGUCGUAUGCCCUAUACGAAACUUAAAACUCAAUUUUAUUGUUCCCCCGAUUGGCGUCAUGUGGCCGGUGGAGGCUUUCGAAGACUUUUUCGCACUGCCACGGGACCACAAAAACGUCAAGUUGUUGCCGAGGAUAUAGCCAAAGGCAAAGCCAAAUUGGUAAAACUUUUUCACGAUGUCAAAUAUAUAAAUAUGAUAUUAGAUCCGCCACACAAUCUUGGUAGCCUACGCUCGGAGCCACUCCCCCAACUACCCACACGGAUAAAAUUCGAUCGUAUGGUUAAGGUGAUAACACGUAAACAAUUGCGUACAAAUCGUAAAUUAGCAUUCGGUUCCAGCAGCGAUCGUUGGAAGGAGGAUGAACAACGUCAGCUGCCCUUAACGGCGCAACAGGUUAAGGAGCUCAAAGAGAAGCUACCUCCCGAGAGGAGGCUACAUAAUAAACCAAUAAUGAUGAAAAAGCCCGAUGAGAUCCAAUCGCAGCUGCUAAAAACUCCACUUCAUAUGCUGCCGAAUUAUGUACCAAAAUUACGUAAACGUUUGUUUAAAUUUUCCCCACUGCCAGGGGCUAAAAUUCUAACUGAUGACGCGGAUAUCAGGCCGGGAGAGCCAUCCAAGCAUGGUUACUAUUUUCGUCCGCUAAAUGAGAAAUUGUUUUUCAAGGAUGAUAAAUAA